AUGGGCGCCCUGAUCUGGCAUGACUGGGCCCGCCUCCUCGCCCUCACCUCCGGCGCCUAUGUCGCCUGGGCGGCCUUGUGGGGCUUGGUCUACCGCAAGUACUUCUGGGACUUUGUGGGUGGACGUCUCGGACCGCAUGGCAUCGUCCCGCCGCCUCAGGCUGCACUCUUCGAGAAGAUCAUUGUCGAGCUGCCGGUCCUUCAGAUCGUCAACAUCGUCAACGGCCUCGUCACUUUCUCGCUCGAGUGGCCGCUCCCGGUCGUCAAGAAGCUCAAAGUGUACGGGUCGAUCAAGCUCAGGCUCGGGCUGUACCUUUGGUCGGCUUUCGUUGCAGCCGUCGUCUACCAGACCGCCUUCGCUAGCCUCUUCUACCUCACGACCUUGCUCGCCUACGCCCGCGCUCUCAGGCAAAUUCCGCUCAACUUCCCCGUCUUUCGCGCUGACUCGAUCACGCUCAUCCACAGGCUUGGCGAAUCGAUCGUCGAGGUCAAGACGGUUGAAGGGCGCCGCGGUAGGGUGUGA